GACCUGUCAGGAGGUGAACAGUGCAAACCACCUACCUUAUGGUUUGCUCCAGCCUCUUCCUAUCCCUGAGGGUCGUUGGCAGUCUAUCUCGAUGGACUUUAUCGGUCCUCUUCGACCUCCGACCCCCCGCGGUCAUGAUGCUAUCCUGGUCGUCGUCGACCGCUUCACGAAGCGUGCACGAUUUGUGCCCUGCUGCUAUGCCAUCAGUGCACGUGAGGUCGCCGACAUCGUAUUUAACCGAGUCGUGCGUGACCACGGCUUACCUCUAAGCAUCAUAUCUGACCGUGACCCGCGCUUUACCAGCCGAUUCUGGAGACGACUCCACGAGGUGUACGGCACUCAGCUCCGCUUCUCCUCGUCUUACCAUUCUCAGACUGAUGGUCAGACCGAGAUCACGAACAGGACUUUCGGAGAUAUUCUCCGAAAGAUUGUUCGUGACGACCAGCAGUGGGAUCUCCAUCUUGCCCACGCGGAGAUAGCCUACAACCACGCCGUCUCGCUAGCCACGGGGAUGUCGCCUUACUAUUGCGACCUCGGCUAUCACCCGCGUGUUCCCGCGGACUUCCUUCGACCGUCCCAGAUGCAUCCGACACGAGUUGUCGGUGAUGAUGUGCUUAUCGAUGCCCGCCACUUACAGCUCGAAGCGGACACGCUUCGCAAGUUUCGACGUCGCUUCUUUGGCCCAUGCCGCAUCCUCCAGGCCGUCGGUUCUGAUACGGCAUCUAGCCCGGUCAGCUUUCGUGUGAAGCUGCCCGACUACCUACGCCAGGCUCGUGUACAUGAUGUCUACCACGUCUCGUUACUGCGUCCUUACCGCAGACCGUCUGAGCGUUUCGCUGGACGACCAUACGAGCGCCCUCCACCCAUCAUGGUGGACGGCCACGAGGAGUUCCUCGUUUCAGACAUCAUUGGUCGCCGAGUCACCGACGACAACCCUCCCCACGUCGAGUAUCUCGUACGUUGGAAGGGUUACCCUGAUGAGGAGGCUACCUGGGAGCCCCUCGAGCACUUGCGGGACGCUCGCAUGUUGGUGCGUGCCUAUGACCGUGCUCGUCGUGCUGGGUUCACUGCUCCUCCUCAGCCCACUGACCCUCCUCCUUCUCCUCCGGCUGAGGAGACCGCUGAAGUCGAGCCUGCUCCAUCUGAGGCAGACCUUCAGCAGCAGCCGGAUGCUUCUGAGCGUCUACAGCGCACUCGUCGUCGUCCUGCUCGAUACGACGAUUGACUCUGACUUACCUUCCCACGUCUUUGACUUCUCAGUACUCCAUCCACAUUAGUUUUGCUACUUCAG